CUCGAAUGCCUCGCUAUAAAUAUCGCCAUCGAACGCGUAAACGUUCUCUCCUCUCUUUCUCUCUAUUCUUUCUCUCUCUAUAUCUAUACACCUAUAUAUCCAGAGAUACAUACAUACUCUCGCUCUCUCUCUGUCUCUGCUCAGGCUCAGGGUUCAGAGAGAGCCAUGGAACCGGUGCAAAUGGAGGAGCUAACAUCGGGUGCGAGCGGUCGUAUAAUACCGGUCUUCAGGAACCUCCGUCGAUCCGUACCCUCCUACAAUUCCCUCCGUCGAUCCUUAAUCUUCAUCCAAUCAAUUUUCCUCUGGUUCAUCCUCUUCCUUCGCCUCCUCCCUCGCCACCGCGUGUGCACGUCUUCGCCGCCCUCGCCGUCCUCGGCCGUUACCGCAACGCCGAAGAAGCGGAGGUUUGCUUUUCGGAGAGAUGAGGAGGAUACGCUGCGGAGGAGAGCCCUUGCCGAGGGUUUGCAGAUGGUAAAGGAGACGGAGACCGACGAUGGAAAUAGCCGGUGCAAAUGGAAUACGUCUCUGUUCUUUGGAGUGAGACGGAAUGCUCUGUUUUGCCGGUCGUGGUUUCCGGUAUCUGGUGAAUUGAAGGGUAUUAUGAUCAUCAUUCACGGCCUUAAUGAGCACAGUGGAAGAUAUGCUCAGUUUGCGAAGCAACUGACCUCCUGCAGCUUUGGAGUCUAUGCAAUGGACUGGAUAGGUCAUGGUGGGAGUGAUGGAUUGCAUGGAUAUGUACCUUCACUUGAUCAUGUCGUUGCAGACACUGGGGCUUUCCUUGAAAAAAUAAAAUUGGAGAACCCUGGGAUACCAUGUUUCCUCUUUGGUCACUCGACUGGGGGGGCCGUGGUUUUGAAGGCUGCUUCAUAUCUCCACAUUGAAGGAAUGCUGGAGGGAAUUGUCCUGACUUCACCUGCUUUGCGUGUUAGGCCAGCACAUCCUAUUGUUGGUGCUGUGGCUCCAUUUUUUUCACUGGUUGUUCCCAAGUACCAGUUCAAAGGUGCCAACAAAAGGGGCAUUCCAGUUUCAAGAGAUCCCGCGGCACUUGAAGCUAAAUACUCUGAUCCCUUGGUCUAUACUGGACCCAUAAGGGUCCGAACAGGGCAUGAGAUUUUGCGCAUCUCUACUUACUUGAUGCGUAACUUCAAGUCUGUGACGGUCCCAUUCUUUGUCCUUCAUGGAACUGCUGACAAAGUGACUGAUCCAUUGGCCUCCCAGGAUUUGUUCAAUGAGGCAGCCUCCAAGUUCAAAGACAUAAAGCUGUAUGAUGGCUUCCUGCAUGAUCUUCUCUUCGAGCCUGAGCGUGAAGAAAUUGCACAGGAUAUUAUCGACUGGAUGGAGAAGAGACUAAAUGCUGACAAUCUGGAACAUGUUACCAGUAUCUGGUGACGUGACAUUAAAGUUAUUAUACUAUCUGAAAUACACCAUGGAAUUCAAUUCAUCCGCGGCUGUGAUGAGGCGGGGGAUGUUAUAAUUGAAGCAUGUAUUCAAUGUUAUAGAAAUAUAGCUGGUUUGUGUCUGGGAAAAUUGUUUUUUUCUUUUUCUUUUCAUGCUUUGUAAGUGCUUUGCAAGUCGCCUUUUUUUUGACUCAGGAUAAGAAUUUGAUCUUCUCAUCUUGAGUGGCAGGAUGGCUUUAGUUAUGAAAAAGACAGCAAAUUGAAAGAAAUGAAAUCUUCUGCUUUUGUAAUUG